AAAAAAGUUCAAUUCCGGUGACCAAGAGCGGCUCGCACGGAAACGGACAAGACCAGGCCCGGUUCGCCUCUUUUCUCUUCUUCUCAUAUUGUCUCUCUGAGAUUCUAGUCCUUGGAGAGCAAAACCCUAGAAGCCAUUGAUACCUAUUCCACUGCUCAAUCCUCACUGGUUCCUCCGCUACAAACCCUUCUGGAUUUCUUCUCUCCAAAAGCACAAAUCGGUUUCUUUUUGUUGUUCCCCUUCCCAAUCCCAAAUCAUCACUUGACACAGCCAUGGAUGCUCAGAGAGCUCUGCUGGACGAACUUAUGGGCUCAGCUCGUAAUUUGACAGAGGAGGAGAGAAAGGGGUACAAGGAAAUUACUUGGGAUGAUAAGGAGGUUUGUGGAGCCUAUAUGGUUCGAUUUUGUCCCCACGAUCUCUUCGUUAACACUCGAAGCGAUCUAGGACCUUGCUCUAAAAUACAUGACCCAAAGUUGAAAGAAAGUUUUGAAGAGUCCCCACGGCAUGAUGCUUAACCCAAGUUUGAAGCUGAACUUGCUCACUUUUGUGAGAAAUUGGUGAUGGAUUUAGAUAGAAGAGUAAAGCGUGGGCGAGAACGCCUUGCUCAGGAGGUGGAACCUGCCCCAGCUCCUCCACUGUCAGCUGAAAAGUCUGAACAGCUAUCUGUUCUGGAGGAAAAGAUAAAGAACUUACUGGAACAAGUGGAGGCCCUAGGUGAAGCUGGAAAGGUCGAUGAAGCUGAAGCACUCAUGAGAAAGGUGGAUAUGCUUAAUUCUAAAAAGACAGCCUUGGCUCAGCCGCCCCAGAAUGAUAAAGUGUUGAUGCUGGCACAGGAGAAAAAAAUGGCACUCUGUGAGAUCUGUGGUUCAUUUCUUGUGGCCAAUGAUGCUGUAGAGAGAACUCAGUCUCAUGUUACAGGGAAGCAGCAUAUUGGUUAUGGCAUGGUUCGGGAUUUUAUCGCUGAGUUCAAGGAAUCUAAGGAGAAGGCAAGGGAAGAAGAAAGGUUAGCGAGGGAGAAAGAAGAAGAAGAACGGAGGAAACAAAGGGAGAAGGAACAGGAGGAUAGAAGGAGAAGUAAUUCAAGUGAUAGGGACAGGUAUCGUGAUAGAGAUCGUGACAGGGAGCGGGACAGAUAUCGGGAACGAGACUCAGAUUAUGAAAGGUCAAGGGAGUGGAAUGGCAGAGGUAGUCGGGAUGGAGGGAGAGGGGUGGACUAUAGGUCCAGAAAUGGAAGAGAUGGAGGAAGGGAUAGGUACCGUGAUCAAAGCAGGUCACGUUCCCCUGUUAGGCACAGUCACAGGAGGUCACCUAGAAGUCCAGUUCGCCCGUAUUGAUGAAUCGUGUAGAAUGAUGUCUGAGCUUUGAAAUUUAAUGAGGUAGUUUCCAUAUCUCAUAUCUUUGUUGAGACUACCAUCUACCCAUUCAUCAGUAUUAUUAGCGGAGAAAAUGGUUGAGGUAGGUAUAAUUUUAUUAUUGUAACUCAUUUUUACAUUUCAUUUUAGACUUGGGAUGAGGCAAAUUUCCUUUUGCUGUAUGAAACUUGUGUGUUUACACAUAUUAAGAUAUGAAAACACCGCAGCCGGCGACAUGAUGAUUGUUAAUCA